AUGACAACACGUCCACAUCCUUUCUCGGCUGUGGCUGUCCAGCAGCCUUUCUUCAUCCAUGGCCUCUCCCAGAUAACCAACAACUUGUACAUAAGUAAUAGUGAGGCAUCCAACAACAAACUCAUGUUAUCUAACAACUGCAUCACUACUGUCAUCAAUGUCUCAAUAGAGGUGACCAACACAUUUUAUGAGAACAUCCAAUACCUAAAGGUACCGGUGGCCGAUUCUCCUAGUGGGCGCCUCUACGAUUUUUUUGACCCUAUCACUGAUUACAUUCACAGCGUGGAAAUGAAACAGGGCCGCACACUGCUCCACUGUGCCACUGGUGUGAGCCCCUCCGCCACUCUCUGCCUGGCCUUCCUCAUGAAGUACCACAACAUGUCUCUGCUGGAAGCCCACACUUGGACCAAGUUGUGCCACCCUAUCAUCCGGCCCAACAAUGGCUUUUGGGAACAGCUUAUCCAGUAUGAAUUUAAGUUAUUUAACAAGAACACUGUGAACAUGAUCAAUUCUCCAGUGGGUAUGAUCCCAGACAUCUACGAGAAGGAAGUCUAUUUGAUGCUAUGA